UCUCAUUUUUGAGUACAAAGAUUCUUUCGUUGUACAAUCAUCCAUCCAAAGGAUCUCAAGAUGGGACUGAAAAUCUUAAAACAUGGACCAACAAACCCACUCCAUUUGAAACAUUUGGGUGCUCUGUCUCUUCCCCCAUUCCGUAGUCUUGUCUUGCCUUUGGAAUUCUCCCUCAACAAUAAAACAGUAGGAAAGCCUCUUCUCCACUACAGCUGACUUCUUUUGGCUGGCCUAGCCUAGGAGAGGCUUUGAUGGUUGGCAAGCCCAAGGCCUGGUGGGGUCCUUAGAGAGAGAGGGCUGGCAGUCCCAAGGCCUGGUGGGGUCCUUAGAGAGAGAGAGAGAGAGAGAGAGAGAGGUAAUUAUCAAAGAGCUUUUGCUGGGGGUCCUUCGGUUAUUCUCCCUCUUUUUUGGAGGACAUGGAUUGAAUGGUAGAGAGAGUGUGUAGGUGUUGUUUCAUUUAUAAAAGGCAGAAAUGGGUUGUUGAGGAAAAGAUGAUAAAACCCAUCAGAAUCAACAAGAUUCUUCACAAACUCAGGAAGAGUUGGGUUCAAAAUCCGAAGGGAAAAAAUUAGGUCUUCGAAGCAUCUAAUGGAAGCCACUGAAUUCCUUCUUUUGUAGUAUCUGCAACUGGGGUUGGAUGCAUUAGUGUUGAUUCUAUGGAGAAAUGAAGAAAACCCGUUAUGGGGGAUGCAGUUUUUCCUUGCGGUACCAUGUCGGGUCCUCUCUCAGAUGCCACCAUGGAUCUCGAUCUCAUGGAUGAUCUCUUGUUAGGCGGAUGUUGGUUGGAGACAACUGACUGCUCGGAUUUCUUUCAACAUAGUGGUCCGACUUCCGCUACCCUCCUCAAUUCGCUGUAUUUCUUGCCUUCUUCUGACAUUAACAAUAGCAGUUCAAAUCUAAAUCUGCUGCAAAAUAUUGAUCAGGAUGGCACACAAGGAUCAGUUCUUGCUGAUAAUCCACUUUCUACCGAAACCCAAAUAGAAAAUCUCGUUCCGACUCAGUCUCAUAAGGGAAACAUGACAGAAACCACUGAGGACUCAGGCCUGUUGGAUUCUUUUCCAGGUGAAGGAGAUAGGAAUUUGGAUGAAUUUGUGAUGAUCAAUGCGGGCUCUGAACUGAGCAGAAGGUUGUGGAUUCAGCCAAGUUCAGAUGCAGGCCCUGCUUCUUCUGUGAAAGAGAGAUUAAUACAAGCACUUAGUUACAUUUGGGAGUCAACGAAAGACAGUGAUGUACUCAUUCAGAUAUGGGUGCCGAUAAAGAGCGGAGGCCGAAAUGUCCUUACAACAUACUGUCAACCGUUCUCACUCAACCCCAGUUGUCAGAGGCUUGUGAAUUAUCGGACAGUAUCGAUGAGCUACCAGUUCCCUGCCGAGGAGGAUUCAAAUGAAGCGGUUGGGUUGCCUGGUCGAGUCUUUCUUGGGAAGUUACCCGAGUGGACGCCGGAUGUUCGCUAUUUCAGCAUUGAUGAAUACCCACGCGUUGAUCAUGCUCAGCGGUUCGACGUUCGUGGUACUCUUGCACUUCCUGUUUUCGAACGAGGAAGUCAGGCUUGCUUGGGUGUUAUGGAGGUUGUGAUGACAACCCAAAAGACCCAUUACCGUCCUGAACUAGAAAAUAUAUGCAAUGCUCUCCAGGCCGUUAAUCUUACGAGUUCUGAAGUUUUGAGCAUUCCCCGUCCAAAGGUGAGCAACAAUUCCUACCAAGUUGCAUUACCGGAGAUUUUAGAGGUUUUGAGAGCAGUCUGUGAGACACAUAGAUUGCCGUUAGCUCAGACAUGGGUCCCAUGCAUGCAACAAGGCAAGAAAGGCAGCUGGCAUUCGGAUGAAAACUAUGCUGAUUGCAUUUCCACCAUCGAAGCUGCUUGCCACAUGACUGACCCUUGUAUCUGGGGCUUUCAUGAGGCAUGCUCCGACCACCAACUGUUUAGGGGUCAAGGAGUGGCUGGGAAAGCAUUCACUACAAAUCAACCGUGUUUCUCGACCGACAUAACCACUUUCAGCAAGAUGGAAUACCCUCUCUCUCACUAUGCUAGGAUGUUUGGGUUGCGGGCUGCAGUUGCGAUUCGCCUGAGGAGUAUUUACACCGGAAUCGCUGACUAUGUCUUGGAGUUAUUCUUACCCGUCAAUUGUGUAGACAGCGAAGAACAGAAGGGGAUGCUUAAUUCAUUGUCGAUCACUAUACAACAAGUUUGCCGGAGUUUACGGGUCGUUACAGACAAGGAACUUGAGGAUGAAUCUAUUUUGCCCAUUAAUGAAGUAAUUCCUUCAGGUAGGAUGUCAUCAAAGCAUUUAAUCAAUGAGGAUGGAAGACUGAAUAGAAAACCUUCAAUUGAAGAAUCAUCUCGGACUGCCAAUUUCACACAGGCCCAACUGAAAGGCAAGAGCACCAUGGUUCCAACUUCUGUUCCGUUGGUAUUUCAAAAGCAGGAGUCUGAAGGAUUUAUGGUUGCAGCUCAUUGGGAUCAGGUAAUACCUGCUGGGAAACUAUUCUUGGAGUUCAAGCAGCAUCACCAAAAUUCGUCCAACGGUAAUGUCGACAGGGAUUCUUCUCUUGGCGAGCAUGACAUUUCGAAUGCUGGAAAAGCAACAGAAAAGAGACGAACAAGAACAGAGAAGGCUAUCAGCCUGCAAGUUCUUCGACAGUACUUUGCUGGGAGCCUUAAAGAUGCUGCGAAGAGUAUUGGAGUGUGCCCCACUACUUUGAAAAGGAUAUGCAGGCAACAUGGAAUCACUCGUUGGCCUUCUCGAAAGAUCAAGAAAGUCGGCCACUCUUUGAGGAAACUGCAAGUGGUGAUCAACUCGGUCCAGGGUGCCAAUGGAGCUAUCCAAAUCAGUUCCCUGUAUGCUAAUUUCCCACAAGCUUAUGGGUCUGAUUUGACUUCACCACAUGCAUCAGGAAGUAGUACAUUUUCCAAACUAAAGCAAGCUAAUCAUCAGAAAUCCUCAAACACAUCACAACCCGAAGUCAUAUUCAGCACCUGUGCUGCUCCAGAGAAAUCACCAUCAUCAUCAUGCAGUCAGAGCUCCAGCUCAGGUCUCUGUUGUUCUACUAUGGCACAGCAUCACUCUCAUGUGGCCCACCUUGUAGUUAGUGAAGAUGCUUCCAUGACAGAAAGCCAAAGUAUUCUCCUGAAGAAGGCCUACAGUGAAGCUGAGCUGCAUGAGUUGGGUAAAGAGGAACCAAGACCUCUGGCUCGGUCCCACAGUCACAAGUCCCUUAUUGAUCAUACGUCUCUGAAAAAACUCUCUCCUUUGUCUAAAAGCAGCCGUGUGCCUCAAGACAGCAAUUUACUCAGACUGAAAGUCACAUUCGGGGAAGAGAAGGUCAGGUUCAGCAUGCAACCUUCUUGGGGAUUUUUAGAUCUGCGACAAGAGGUUGUGAAGCGGUUUAAUAUAGAUGAUGCAAGUAUGAUCAAUCUGAAGUAUUUGGAUGAUGACUCCGAGUGGGUGCUGUUAACAUGCGAUGAUGAUCUGCAGGAGUGCAAGGACAUUUACAAAUCAUCUCGUGUUCAUUCUAUCAAACUUUCAGUCCACCAUGUUGCACAUAUGGCAACCAGAAAUUCUUUGAGCAGCAGUGGGCCAUUGUGAAUGUUAUGAAACCUCUUGUUUCAUUAUCAUCACACUGCAGUCCACAACCGUAUGAACCCAUGAAUGUAUGUACAUCAGUACUGUAUGGAUCGUUGAACCUACACUGUCAAGCAAACAACACAAAUGUGAUGGUUGGUCAUGGCUGUUGCAGGUCAGGGAAUGAAGAUCGUGUUGUAUUGGGUAUCUAGACUCACAUAUGACCCCAUGAGGCCCACUAAUGAUAAUGUGAUCUGGACAUGGAAUUCUUUUGUUCAUGAGGACAUUAUUGUAUCACAACACCAACAGUUGGCUGACUGCAGAAAUGGAAUUGGGAAGGUGGUUGGUUUCUAAUGGAGCUUUGAGACAUCAAGUCCUUUGCAACCAUGGGUCACAGACACUUUUGAUGUUACUAACACUGCAAUGUAAUAUAAAUAUUGUGGAUAUAAUGGACAUGGCUUUCAAUCAAGUGUUGAAGCUUUUGGGAAGACGGGCACACUUUAUGGCUUUCAAUCAAGUGUUGAAACUCUUGGAGAUAUUGGUAAGAUGGCAUUCUUCAGACUGCUAUAACAGUAGAGUGCCUCUCAAUGUGAAUAUAAACAAGGCAUUAUUAUUUGAGGGAAAAAAGAAAACAA